UUUCUUACUUUCCUUAUUCUCUCAUUUUCUCUGAAUGAUGGAUGGUACAGAGCACCAGCAGGCCAGUCUGAACUCUGCCUACAUCACCCCAAAUCACGCCUCCAUGUCUGAUGAGGAGAGUUCCGAGGUCAAGCUCGUUGACGAAGAUGGGUCACCGCUACUCGCCCGUCACCUGCCUCACGACUCCUACAACUCUGUCUAUUGCAUAUUCUUCAUGCUGGGCAUCGGCUCGCUGCUGCCAUGGAACUUCUUUAUCACAGCCAAACAAUACUGGCUCUACAAGCUUAGCGGCAACUCCAGCUCAUCAGGCCACCACGAGUCCCACAAUGACCUCAGUGAUUACUUUGAGAGCUACCUUGCUAUUGCAUCUACUGUUCCUUCAGUGUUGUGCCUGGUCCUCAACUACCUUCUAGUGAACAGGCUGUCCUCUAAUGUGCGGAUCCUGUUCUCACUGGCAGUGAUUCUGCUUGUGUUCGUGAUCACUACAGUACUGGUGAAAGUGGAUGUGUCUGAAUGUAGAUGGCAGUUCUUUACCGGAACUCUGGUCAGUGUUGCAUUGGUCAGCGGAGCGUCCAACUUCUUCAGUGGCAGCGUUUUUGGCAUCAGUGGCCAUUUUCCCAUGAGGAUAUCACAAGCCCUCAUAUCAGGUCAGGCUAUGGGUGGUACUGUAAGUGCACUUGCAUCCAUAGUGGACCUGGCUGCAGCAAGUGAUGUGACCAACAGCGCAUUGGCCUACUUUCUGACUGCUGAUGUCUUCAUCUUGCUCUGCAUCAUCAUGUACCUGCUGCUGCCUAAGCUGGAUUACUCCAGGUACUACAUGGAAGCAGCUGCUGCUGUCACGUCAGAUGGUGCUCUCUCCAACUCUCAGUCAAACUCCCCCAGCAGUCAGACCUCUGUGCCCCCACUUAAACCCAUCCUUAGUAAGACAUGGUUGCUGGGUCUGUGCGUCUUCUACGUCUUCUUCAUCUCUAUAACCAUCUUCCCAGCAAUCUCCUCAGGGAUCCAAUCGAUAAAUAAAGACUCAGGCAGUCCCUUGGACAGCAUCUACUUUGUGCCGCUGACCAGCUUCCUUCUGUACAACUUUGCUGACUUCUGUGGGCGGCAGAUUACAGCAUGGCUUCAGGUGCCCGGCCCCACCAGCCGCACUCUUCCCAUCCUGGCGCUCUGCAGGACCGCAUUGGUGCCUCUCUUCAUGCUGUGUAACUACCAGCCACGGUAUCACCUGCACCGGGUGUUUUUCGCCCAUGACUCCUUUCCUGUACUGUUUGUGUGUAUUCUGGGAUUCUCCAAUGGAUACCUGGGUACACUACCCAUGAUCUACGGGCCCAAAGUGGUACCACGUGAGCUGGCAGAGCCAGCAGGCGUGAUCAUGUCUUUCUUUCUGACACUAGGGCUAGCGCUAGGCUCUGCGCUGUCUGUGGGCCUUGUCCACAUCAUCUGACCUUUAUUUAUUAGCAGCAAUGUGACUGUUUGCUAAUUUUUAGCGGGUUUUAAAAGAACAUGCCAAAGAGUGUACAUGCAGGGCUUAAGAUGUACCUACUGUUUUUAAACUGUUUCGAUGUCCCCAAACCAUUCCAUUAGUAUUUUUUUCAAAUGUCAGUUCUUUCAUUUAUAUAUAUUUUUAUCUCCUUUUAUCCUGGUCAGAGUCACAGUGGAUCCGGCUUUCCCUGGACAGCACUGGACAGACCACAGUAACACACCCCAGAAAGGAUGCCAAUCAGUAUUGUUUGAUGUGCAAGACAAGUGUGUAUUUUAAUUCAUGAACAAACAAGAAAAAUACUUCAAAUUACUUUCAUGAUGUGGCAAUUCAUAAGGCUGCAUUCAUAUGAUAAGCGUUUUGCACUUCGUUCACUUCGUUCGUUCACUUACCACUUUGUUUACGCCUUUUGUACUUGCUGGCUGUGCUACCGAACCCAGUUGCUUUAUGCAUCCUCUCUAACCCUCGCCCCGAUUGAGGAGAGCGAACUGAUACAUGUCCCCUCCGAGACGUGUGCAGUAGCCGACUGCAACUUUUCACCUGCACGAGGCGAGUUCAUAUGCGGAUCAGCUUUGUGCACGGAGAACCACACCUUGAUUGCAUUAUUCCUCUAUUCUGUGCAGAUGCCAUCAAUCAGCCAGCAGGGGUCAUAAUUGCAUCAGUUAUGAGGACCCUAUCCGGCAUUUCUCCCCUGUAUAACCAAAAGCCAAACGUUGUUCAUAUAGUCGCCCAGACGGAUGGCAGAGCUGAGAUUCGAUACGAUGUAUUCGAAAUCCCAGCUCUGGUGUGCUAGCGUAUUGUAGCCAUCUGAGCGGUGUUGACAGUUUAUUUACAUCCAGGUUUGUAUGAAAUGUAUUUUAGUUCAUCCAACAAAGUUCUGGCAGUGCUCGUCAUUUGGAGACAUGAGAAGAUAAAAAAGGGGAAAUGGGUUCAUAAAACUUUAUUGCUUGAAUUAAACAGUGCUUUAAAUCUUACAGAAGAGCUCCGAAACUACAACAAGUGAUUCCAGGAUUAGGAAAUGUGGGAUUGCUAUCUAAAAUGCAAACCCAGUCUCCACAUUUGACACUUUAUUAGUUUCCAUGCCAUAUUUUUCUCACAAAGUUAUGUCGAAUCCGACAGUUCAGGGUUUUGUGAAACAUUAAGAAUCAGUUUCUCUCCACCAGGUCUGUGCUUUACUUUUAACUGCGUGAUAUUUAAUUGGCGGUGCCUUUAAAGGGUCAGCACACUGUGUGAAAGUUUAAUGUGAGCCCAGCAUUGACAUGCAGUUUUUACUACUUGCCACUGCUCUCCACUCAAGGAACAGCCAGCACAAAAAUGGUGUCGCCAUGCAUCAUGUGAAUGCAGCUUAAACAGAUCCCAUUUGCUGCCAAAUUCAUUUUGGCUUUUCGGCUCAGCUGAUAUUUAGGAUAGAUCUUAGUACCUUGAUAUCAGCCAAUGUGUGUUAAAACAGUAUCUGUUUACAUUACUGAAGUAUUUUCAUUAAUACUGUUAACAGACCUGCCUGACUUUAACAGGCUACAGCUGUGGUAAAUGUUGCAGCCUGAUGUUUACUACUAAUUUGCGGGCUUUUGAGUUAAAUGUCACACAUUAUAUAUUUGUGAUGUGUAAACUGGUAUAUGUAUAGAAGCAUUGUUUCACUGCUAUACAUAUUUUAGUAGCUUGGUAUUGUUGUAUUUGCUCAGAUGAUUUUAGCCUUGUCUGACUUUUAGAAUAUGUAAAUUAGUUGUUGUUGUUUUUUUUAUUUAUAUUUUUUUCCCCAAUUCUUAUCCCCCAGUCUAGUCGUGUCCAAUUACCCUGAUUGCAUCCUCUAGUCUAAACUGAUUCGACCCUUCACCGCUGACUGAGGACGCCUCUCAUCUGACAUGCGCCCCCUCCGGUACACACAGUCAGUACAGAUAGUGCAUUUUUCACCUGCACGAGUCGAGUUCAUACACUUGACGGGCACUGUGUAUGGAGGGCCACACCCCCAUCAGCAUUAUUUCUCAGCCAUGUGCAGGCGCCAUCAGUCAGCCAGUGGGGGCUGCAGUCGCACCAGACUUUCUUACCCUCUAACCCUGAACAACAGCCAAUCGUUGUUCAUGCAGCCGCUCAGCCUAGUCGGAAAGGCAGAGCUGAGAUUCGAUACGAUGUAUUCAAAACCCCAACUCUGGUGAGCUAGCGUAAAAUGCUGCAUUUGAUCUCAUACUAAGCUCACUUUGAUCUGCUGGAUGCAUCAGACAUCUUUUAUUUAUAUUUUUCAGGUUUAUAAUAGUUCUGCAUUUGGUGGAAAAUUUGGAAUUUAGAGGAAAAUCAUUUGUAUCUAUUUUAAACUAGCCAUAGUUUCAGACUUAUCAGUUGUUUAUGUCAUUUCAUUUUCAUGUUCUACCACCGCUUAAUCUUGGUCAGAGUUGCAGUGGGUCCAGUUUUCCAAGAAUCACUGUUGACAAUGCAGUAACACACCCUGGACAGGACCCCAAUCCAUCAUGGGGCCUUAGCAAAGCCAAUUAUGUCUGUAUGUAGGUGCCUAACCAGCCAAGAUCAUUGCUAUACUAAAUUGCUAAUUGCUAUUAAAAUCAUUUCUGUAUACAUUGUUUAAUGUUCUCUUUUAUCCUGUUUACCUUGUUAAGUAACACUAAACAGCCUGUGCACAGCUUCCUUGCUGUUACAAAGGCAGUGGAUGAGGGAUGAGCAUUAUUGGAAUUAUUGCAUUUUGUUGAGGGUUAUGAGUUGUAUUUUAUAUUCUGUUAUUAACCUUUGUCUUUCUUUUUGUUUAUAAAGUUCCUUUUUUAUUGUAAUUCUUAUGUAUUUUAGUGAACUUUAAUGAAUCGUUUUGUUUUACAAUGAUUAGAGACUUAAUAAAAUGUACUGUUUGUACGAAUACCACAAUGUUUGUAUGAUUUUGUUGUAAAAUGCAGCAAAUUACAUGUAUAAAUAACUGUAUGAUUUAGGUCUGUGUGGACAGCAAAAUAAGAAUUUCAUUGUACACGUUUCCUACUGUACAUAUGACAAUAAAGCUUUGAAAUCUUGAAA